UGUUUAAGUAAGCUAUAAUCAGUUCCCAGCUCUUACAUUUGCAAGGAGGGGUUCUUGUUACUUUAAAGUCUAGAGCUUUUUGAGGAGGGAGCUUGUUCUGAGCCUACAUUGAUGAUUCUUCAUGGAAGAAGGGACACUGUUGGCUCAUUGUUGAAGCACCUUCUUCCUUACUGGUUCGGUGGCUGGUUCUGGGUAGAAGUAGAAACAGUGAUUUCAACUUCUGCUUUCUCAUAUUUUAGUCCAUUAUCAGGAUCGGCAUGAAGCUCUUUAGGUGCUUAGCAUUAUCCAUAUUUUUCAUUUCUGCCAUGGCCCAGCUUCCUUCGCAGGACAUUUUGGCAUUGCUUGAAUUCAAGAAGGGUGUCAAACAUGACCCUACGGGUUAUGUCCUUAAUUCAUGGAAUGAGGAGUCCAUAGACUUUAAUGGGUGCCCUUCUUCUUGGAAUGGGAUUGUCUGUAAUGGUGGGAAUGUUGCUGGUGUUGUCCUUGAUAACUUAGGACUCUCUGCCGAUGUGGACUUGAGUGUUUUCGCCAACCUCACAAUGCUUCUCAAACUUUCUAUGUCAAACAACUCCAUUUCAGGCAUGAUUCCUAACAAUAUUGAAGACUUCAAAAGUCUUGAGUUUCUGGAUUUGUCAAAUAAUUUGUUUUCCUCAUCAUUACCACCUGGAAUUGGUAAAUUGGGGAAUCUGAGAAAUCUCUCAUUGGCUGGGAACAACUUCUCAGGCUCAAUUCCAGAUAUAAUUUCAGGGCUUGUGUCAAUCCAGUCUUUAGACCUGAGCCGCAACUCAUUGACUGGGCAGAUGCCAGCAUCCUUGACAAAGCUGAAUGAUCUGGUCCAUCUAAACCUGUCAUCUAAUAGGUUUAUGAAGAGAAUCCCAAAAGGAUUUGAGCUAAUUUCAGGUCUUAAGGUGCUUGACCUUCAUGGGAAUAUGCUCGAUGGACAACUAGAUGGGGAGUUUUUUCUUCUAUCAAAUACCAGUUAUGUUGAUCUUAGUUGGAAUAUGCUAUUGAGUUCUAGUUCGCAGAAAUUACUGCCAGGUAUUUCUGAGAGUAUUAAGUACUUAAAUCUUAGCCACAACCAGCUUUCUGGAUCACUGGUAGGUGCUGGUGAGUUGCAGUUAUUUGAAAAUUUGAAGGUGUUGGAUCUAAGCUACAAUCAGCUGUCUGGAGAAUUGCCUGGUUUCAACUUUGUGUAUGACCUUCAGGUUCUCAAGCUCAACAACAACAGAUUUUCGGGCUCCAUUCCCAAUGACCUAUUGAAAGGAGAUUCCUUGGUUUUAACUGAACUGGAUUUGAGUGGGAACAAUCUCUCAGGGCCAAUUAGCAUGGUAAUGUCUACGACUCUUCAUGUCCUUAAUCUUUCUUCAAAUCAGCUCACAGGAGAACUGCCUUUGCUUACUGGAAGUUGUGCCAUACUUGAUCUAUCAAAUAAUCAGCUAAAAGGAAACCUAACCAGGAUGGUGAAAUGGGGGGAUAUUGAACAUCUUGAUCUCAGCCAGAAUCUGCUGACAGGUCCUAUUCCUGAGGUAACCCCGCAAUUUUUACGCUUAAAUCAUCUCAACCUUUCCCAUAAUUCCCUUAGUAGCUCUCUUCCAAAGGUCAUAAUGCAGUAUCCAAAGCUUAGAGUCCUUGAUCUCAGUUCAAACCAGUUAGAUGGACCUCUCUUUACUGACCUUUUAUCGUUGCCCACUUUGGAAGAACUUCACCUUGAGAACAAUUUACUUACUGGGGCUCUUAAGUUUUCUCCUUCCACUCAAUCCACCCUUCAUGUUCUUGAUCUCUCUCAUAACCAGCUUAAUGGAUAUUUUCCGGAUCAAUUUGGGUCAUCAACUGGAAUUCAAGUACUCAAUCUUGCGGUGAACAAUUUAUCUGGUUCUUUGCCAACUUCCAUGGUUGAAUUGAGCUCGCUAAGCUCAUUGGAUAUAUCCCAGAAUCACUUUAGUGGCUCCUUGCCUAAUAACUUGCCUAACAGCAUUCAGAGCUUUAAUGUUUCCUAUAAUGAUCUUUCUGGGGUUGUCCCAGAAAAUCUGAGGAAGUUCCCUAGUUCAUCUUUCUACCCUGGAAAUGCCAAGUUACAUUUUCCUAGUGGUCCCCCUGGGUCAAACAGUUCCCCUGCUGAAAGUUCUGGGCGGAAACCAAUGAACACCCUUGUCAAAGUGGUAAUUAUAGUGUCAUGUGUGAUUGCAUUGAUCAUUCUUAUCCUGCUUGCUAUAUUCAUUCACUAUAUCCGGAUAUCAAGAACUCCACCAGAGCAUGUUAUAGGCAAAGAGAUGCCCAAGCAAGCUCAAACAAACCCCUCAGGUAUUGGUGUGGCUGGGGGUGGUGGUCCUUUGGUUGUUUCAGCUGAGGAUCUUGUGGCUACACGGAAAGGAUCAUCAUCUGAGAUUAUCAGUCCUGCUGAGAAAGUGCCCACAGCAACUGGCUACUCUCCAUCAAAGACGAGCCAUGUGUCUUGGUCACCUGAGUCUGGUGAUUCAUUUACUACUGAGCAUCUUGCAAGGCUGGAUGUAAGGUCACCAGAUAGAUUGGUCGGUGAGCUACAUUUUCUUGAUGAUACAAUGACAUUGACACCUGAGGAGCUCUCAAGGGCUCCAGCAGAAGUGCUAGGGAGAAGCAGUCAUGGGACUUCAUACAGGGCAACAUUGGACAAUGGGGUUUUCUUGACUGUGAAGUGGUUGAGAGAAGGGGUGGCAAAACAAAGAAAGGACUUUUCUAAGGAAGCUAAGAAGUUUGCAAACAUCAGACAUCCUAAUGUAGUUGGGUUGAGAGGGUACUAUUGGGGUCCCACCCAACAUGAGAAGCUGAUUCUUUCAGAUUACAUUUCACCAGGAAGUCUUGCGAGCUUUCUUUAUGAUCGACCAGGAAGGAAAGGCCCGCCCUUAUCCUGGGCACAGAGACUGAAAAUAGCAGUCGAUGUUGCACGUGGCCUGAACUAUCUCCAUUUUGACCGUGCUAUUCCACACGGUAACCUUAAAGCAACAAAUAUACUAUUAGAUGGCCCUGACCUCAAUGCACGUGUUGCUGAUUACUGCCUCCAUCGCCUGAUGACCCAGGCUGGCAUCAUGGAACAAAUUCUUGAUGCUGGGCUGCUAGGCUAUCGUGCACCAGAGCUGGCUAAUUCCAAGAAACCAAUACUUUCCUUCAAGUCAGACGUUUAUGCAUUCGGGGUAAUUCUCUUGGAGCUUCUAACUGGCAAAUGUGCUGGUGAUGUUAUUCCAGGCGAGGAGGAAGGCAUAGAUUUGACAGAUUGGGUGCGGUUGAGGUCAGUAGAAGGCCGCGGAUCAGAUUGCUUUGAUCCUGUGUUGGUGCAAGGAAUAGAGAAUCCAGCAACUGAAAAGGGAAUGAAGGAGGUCCUUGGAAUAGCUUUACGUUGUGUACGGUCCCUUUCUGAGAGGCCUGGUAUCAAGACCAUAUAUGAAGAUCUUUCUUCUAUAUAGUCCUCUGUAUCAGGUAUAGACUUGAAGAUAUCUGGGGUUUUAAUAUCUCAUUAGGCUCCCUUUUUUUUCUCUGCUAGUCUUUUGUUUGAUCAGCUAAUUUGCAUUAACCAUUGGUUGUAAAAAAUGAGCACUGUUUGGAUGGUGGUAAAGUUUGUACUACUUGUUGCUUUCACAUCGAGCUAGAACGGUAGGUGGCCAUCCCUCUUCCAUGACAAAUGCAAUUCACUU